UACUCACAGGUUUUGGAAAACUCGCCGGUAGCCACCAAGGCCGCCACUUCGGCGACCGUCUACACCAUUGGCGACUUUAUUGCGCAGCGUACCCAGGGCGCGGCCAUGGGUGACCUGGAUCGGGGCCGCAUUGUCCGUUCCAUGCUGGCCGGACUGAUCGGACACGGACCACUCAGUCACUUUUGGUACAAUGUCUGCGAUCACUUUUUCGACAAUGUGCUGCACUGGACCGCUUGGUGGAGUUUCUUCCCCAAAGUAGUUGUCGACCAAACCACGUGGGGUCCCAUUUGGAACAAUACUUACAUUCUACUCCUCGGUCUGAUGAAGUUGGAAAAACUCGAAACGAUCUGGUCCGACAUGAAGCGUACCACGGUCCCGCUCAUCCUUUCCGGUCUGAAGCUGUGGCCGCUCGCACACUGCGUCACGUACGGACUGGUCCCGGUCGAAAACCGACUGCUCUGGGUGGACGCGGUCGAAAUUCUGUGGGUCACCAUUCUGGCCACGACCGCC